CAAAGAACUCAUAUAGGCAAGAGGCCGCAGUUUAGCUGCUGGUAGAUUUAGGGCUCGAUAUGGACAAUAAACAUCAUUUAAAUGACAAUAAAUAAUAAUAAUGCGCAAGGACUAGGAUAACCGGAAGCUUGGUCAGGACAAGCGACCAUCAAUCAUGACUGCCCUACAGGUCACUAAUCAGAUAUUCUUUGCGUCGUCGAUGAAGAGUAAGUCCGGGGCUUCGUUCAUCUAUGAUGAGAAAACCGCGGUUAAGGAUAACAUGAAGAACCCUAAUGCCGACGGAUCGAUAGAGGACCGUGUGUCAGGUAAUAUCAAAACGGCGCUUGGACAGGCCAAGACAAAGGGCCCUGGUAAAAAGGAACUCAAUGAGCAACACAAAAACGAUGUUCCAUGUGAUGAGGUCAUUUUUACUUACGCCUGGCUGUUGAAGCACGGUGGGCCACAGGGAAAAGGUUUGAUGCACCGGAAACCCGAGUACGGAACACAUUCGAAUAAGGUUGAUCAGCCCAACGAGGCCGUGAGGAAAGUGGCUAGAAGGCUGCACAGUCUCGAUUACAAGCGACAUGCAGAUCUGUCCACCUAUUUUGAAAGAUUUUUUAGCUUCCCUAAUCCAGAUGUCAGCGACAGAAUUCUUGAACAACAUCCCAGAAAAAAUUGGCCCCGAGGAAACUCGAUUAUGAUGCCUACACGGUAAGCUGGGCAUGCGUCCUGGAUUGCGAGUUGAAUGCAGCACGAGUGCUACUGGAUGAGGAAGACGCUCGAGUCUGCA